UACUAGAAAAAGAAAACCUUUGCCAGCGAAUCAACAUCGAAAUGGAAUUGGUCAUCCUUUUUGUCAAAAAGCAUUUACUUCGCGAAAGUAACAACUUACACAACAACAGCGAAAACAACAACGAGAACGGUGAGAACAGGAACCACGGUCGCAACCGGAACAACGCUAACAAGAGGAACAACCCGAACAGCCGGAACAACAACGAGGAGGAACAACCAGGACAAUCAAGGCAUCAGGGAUAUCCGGGAUAUCAAGGACAACUGAAGCUCAGAGAUCAGUACCCGAAGAUCGAUAAGCGUACACGGCUACUGGCAUUGCGACACCCGAAAAGGAUCACAUCGGGUCUAAUUUCACCAACCAAUCAACCGGAAGUGGCAUAUCGAUUGGCUGAAGUAGCAGCCAAAUCGGAGGCAAGCGCUGCAGCAGCAAAACGAGAUCAAACAGCUGCACGUAAGGAGAGCAAGAAGUACAAGAACAAGUAAACCAGCAACGUAAACAUUCAACAACAUCUUCACCAACAACAACAACAACAACACCAGCAAGUAAACAUUGACUAAGACAUUGACAAGCAAGAAACACUUCAACAACAGCUAUAAAAACAAGUAAACACUCAACAACAACAUCAACAACUACAGACAAGAGAAUAACAAUUCAACAACUAAAACACUAACUAGACCUGAGACUAAUAAUUUACUUUUUACUGGGACUAUUUACCAAAACUAUAAAAUACCACAACUAAAACUUCAACAACAACUCCAACAAGAAGAAAGGCACCAAGUGUAACAAUACAACAAAACCUUCAAGAAGAAGUGCACCAAGGGUAACAAUUAACCAUAAGUAACAAAACAACAACAACUUCGAAAAGAAGUGCACCAAGUAACAAAUCACCAGAGGUAACAAUUCAACAAAAAUUGGACAACAAGUUUAAGAUAUUCAACUACAAUUCCUACUACAAAAAUAAUCAACACAGCUUCAACAACAACAACAAAACCGGCUACAACCAACACAAACCCGGCUAAAACUAUUCAACAACAACACAAAGUGUCAACAAGUACACCAACAACUGCAGAAAAAAAACUGAAAAUAAAGCAGACUACCACAACGACAGAAGCAGAUUCAACAACAACAGAAUCCGCUGCAACAACAAGAACAAUUAAAAUUUCAACCAAAGCGGCUACAACGGCAUCAAGACGGGUUCCAACAAUUCAACAACAAAUCAGCCAGAGCUCAGCAAGAGCUCUACAGCACCACCACCACAGCAACAAGAACCCAAGCCCAGCUCCAGCAACGAGAGCAAGAUGCAGCGUCUUCGCACGACCUUCACGCGUUCGCGGACGCCCACCGGCGCCGAAAUGAAAAUGCAGAACAGCCUCGAGGUGCCCAAACAGGUGCGUUCCGCCUCCUUUGACGAGAUGCAACUGGAGGCGCAGCGCACGUCCUCGAACCGACUGAGGCAGCGUGCCUCCUCCUCGGCGGAGGGGCGUGCCUUGGAGGCUGAUCGUCUGCAGGUGCCGGCUGGGCAGGGCCGCUCGCGCAGCUUCGAUUCGGCCGUCAUCGAUCCGACGAGCGAGGAUUCGGGGGCAUUCCUGGAUGUGCCGCAGCGCAACAAGAUGCCGCGGCGCAGCAGCUCGUCGAGCCCGAAGACCCCGCCGCCGUGCUUCCAUUGCCAAUUGGUGAGGCAGUACGAGCGCCAGAUAACAGCGGAGCAGCGCUUCUUCAUCGAUCAUCGAGAGCUCACAGCUCUCAGCUUCUACAGCGACGAUGACGAUGACGACGACGAGGAGGAGGGUGCGGUGGGCGGUGAGGGUCUGUGCGAAGACAUGCAUGGUGCCUGCGGCGGACGGCCGCUUCCCGAUGUGAACAACGAGGCGGUGGCUCGGGCGCAAGCCAUUCUUGCAUCCACAUUCGAGAACGACCCGAGCACCGAUUGCGAGGACGAUGCUGUUGAGCUGGACCUGGGACUGAUCCACUUGAGCAUCGAGCAAUCACGGGCUCGUAUUCCGCGGCAGAUGCGCCGCCACACCAUCGACAGUUCGGUGGGCAAUUCCGAGGAUGAGGGCGUCGACGGGUCCGGGCCCAACUCCAACAAUUCCCCCUAUUUCGGCAACACCCUGAUGCCGCCCAGACCCUGCGGCAUCACCUUCACCCUGUCCCCCACCAACGGCGACUGUCCGUUCCUCCCAACCUUCGCUUUCCCCAUUGAUCCCAACUCCCCACCAGGCACGCCUUCGCCCACCCAGUCACCAUCGCCGUCGCCGUCCCCGUCGCCCACCCCGUCAGUGGUGCUGGCCGUUCCACCCCCCCUGCUGGAGCUACCGUCCUGCUCCACUGGCAGCGGACAACAGCUGUUGGGCUCCACCGCAGCUGUGGCCGCCGCCGCCCUCACUCUACCGGCGAUUGCCUCCUCGCAAGCAGCCGCAGCCAUGGCCACCGGAGCGGUCUGCACCUUGGCGGAUGCAGAUGACGCUGCUGCCGCUUUGGGGGCCAUCGGCUUGCCGGUUCGACCCAGACGCCGGUCCAUCUCGCGGCAGGAGGCCAUCUUCGUGGAGCCGACCGGCAGUUCGCUCGAGAAUGUCUCGAUGUCGAUCGAGAAGGCCGACUCCAUUGAUGCCGCCUCCACCAGGGCCAACUGCGGCUCGCCCACGGGCAUGUUCGCCGUGGCCCAUCGCACCGGAUUUGUGGUGCAGGACAUCUACUUGACCGUACCGGAUCUCCGACGGGAUCGUGCCGCCUCCGUGGACUCGUGCUUCUCGAAGCUCUCAUCAGGCAACAAAACCGAGGAGCUCCAGCCCACCGUGGAUGGCUGCUACCUGACCGUACCGGUGAUCAACACCACUCGGUCCCGGUCCGUGGACAUAGUCCUGCCCACCGACGAGCAGGCGCGCUACAAGGCCCUGGCCAUGACUGGCAACGAGCCAGGCACCUACGGGCGUACCGCAACAGGCAGCAAUGCCCGUCGGCCCAUACGCAUUGUGCCCGAUUGGACAGAGAAUGCAAUUAAUGGCGAGCACUACUGGAAGACCUCGUCGGCCUCCGGCGAUCUCUGUUGCCUCAACGAGGAGUGCAUUGUAAGUUCAAAGAGCGGCCAGCGUUUGAAGUGCUCCGCCUGCCAGCUGGUGGCCCACAUCAAUUGCAUUCCGUAUGUGAACGAGAAGCCGACGCUGCUGUGCAAGCCCACCUAUCGGGAUGUGGGGAUCAGGCAGUACCGGGAGCAGACGACCACCCACCAUCACUGGGUGCACCGCAAGAUGGAGAAGGGGAAGUGCAAGCAGUGUGGCAAGAAUAUUAUGUUUGAAUCCAUACCGCAGGCGGUUCAGAGCAAGCUAUUUGGCUCCAAAGAAAUUGUAGCUUUGUCCUGUGCCUGGUGUCAUGAGAUCUAUCACAACAAGGACACGUGCUUCAAUCAGGAGAAAAUCGGCGAAGAGUGUCGUCUCGGCAACUAUGCACCGAUUAUUGUGCCACCAUCGUGGAUUGUCAAGCUGCCGAACAAGGGCAACUUCAAGUCCUCCAUUCGGGUGAGCAACAAGAACGCUGCCACCGGCUCCUCGGCUGCUGGAGCCGGCGGUGGCACUGCAGCUGGCGCACCUGGCGGACCCGGCGGACUCGGCGGUCCCGGUGGCAAGGGCAAGAAGCAGACCCAGCGCCGGCAGAAGGGCAAGGACGAGAAAAAGGGAGAACCGCGCGCAUUCAUCGUGAAGCCCAUUCCAUCGCCGGAGGUAAUACCGGUCAUUGUCUUUAUUAAUCCCAAGUCCGGUGGCAAUCAGGGCGUCAAGCUACUCGGCAAGUUCCAGCAUCUCCUGAACCCACGCCAGGUCUUUGAUCUAACGCAGGGAGGUCCCAAAAUGGGUCUGGACAUGUUCCGCAAGGCGCCGAAUCUUCGGGUUUUGGCCUGCGGCGGCGAUGGCACCGUCGGCUGGGUGCUCUCCGUCCUCGAUCAGAUCCAUCCACCAUUGUCGCCGUGCCCGGCCGUCGGUGUGCUGCCGUUGGGGACGGGCAACGAUCUCGCUCGCGCUCUCGGAUGGGGCGGGUAUUUCUCCUGUCAGGGCUACACGGACGAACCGGUGGGCAAGAUCCUACGCGAGAUCGGCAUGUCGCAGUGCGUCCUCAUGGACCGCUGGCGCGUCAAGGUCACGCCCAACGACGAUGUCUGCGAUGACCACAUGGACCGCAGCAAGGCGAACGUGCCCCUGAACGUGAUCAACAACUACUUCUCGUUCGGGGUGGAUGCCCACAUCGCACUGGAGUUCCACGAAGCGCGGGAGGCCCAUCCGGAGCGCUUCAAUUCGCGGCUGCGCAACAAGAUGUACUACGGCCAGAUGGGGGGCAAGGAUCUGAUCCUGCGCCAGUACCGCAACCUCUCCCAGUGGGUGACGCUGGAGUGCGACGGGAAUGACUUCACCAGCAAGCUGCGGGACGCCGGCUGCCAUGCCGUCCUCUUCCUGAACAUACCCAGCUAUGGCGGCGGCACCCACCCGUGGAACGACUCGUUCGGGGCGACUAAGCCCACCAUUGACGACGGCCUGAUGGAGGUGGUGGGGCUGACCACCUACCAGCUGCCGAUGCUGCAGGCGGGCAUGCACGGCACCUGCAUCUGCCAGUGCCGGAAGGCGCGCAUCAUAACGAAGCGCACCAUACCGAUGCAGGUGGAUGGUGAGGCGUGUCGCGUGAAGCCGUCGAUCAUUGAGAUCGAGCUGUUGAAUAAGGCGUUGAUGCUGACCAAGUGCAAGAAUGGACGUGGCGAUGUCCAAGUAAAUCCCCUGGAGAAGCUUCAAUUGAAUAUCCUGCGCAUUACGAUGCAGCAGUAUGAGCAAUACCACUACCAAAGGGAGAUGCUCAGUAAGCUGGCGAACAAGCUCGGCCAGAUCGAGAUCGACUCACAAUGCGAUCUGGAUCAUGUCCGCAAUAUGCUCAACGCCAAGUUCGAAGAGUCCAUCACCUACCCGAAGGUAUCGCAGGACUGGUGUUUCGUAGACGCCUGCACUGCAGAGCACUACUUCCGCAUCGACAGGGCGCAGGAACAUUUACACUACAUCUGUGACAUCGCCAUUGACGAUUUACUUAUUCUGGAUCACGAACUCGCCACCAUGCCCCAAACACCCGACCAAGAACGCUCCUUUGCCGCAUUCUCGCAGCGUCAGGCCCAGACAGAGCGCCGACAAAUGGACCAGGCCCAGGGCCAUGCACCAGGCAGCACCGACGAGGAUUUACAAAUUGGCUCCAAGCCCAUCAAAGUGAUGAAGUGGAAGAGCAACAAAGAUCGUUUGUUCAGUUUCAACGAAGAUGUUUUUGGUUAUGGAUUCAGCCCUAUACUGGAACAAACUUCCGAUGCCAUACUACUAGCAGCCCAAAGCGGUGAUCUCAAUAUGUUACGUGCACUACAUGAACAAGGAUACUCAUUGCAGUCAGUGAAUAAGAACGGAGAGACGGCCCUGCACUUUGCCUGCAAAUACAACCAUAAGGACAUUGUGAAAUAUAUCAUCUCAUGUGCCACAAAACGCAUCAUCAAUAUGCCCGACAAGGACCACGGACAAACUGCUUUACAUAUCGCCGCUGAUACGACUCGCAGGGAGCUCUGCGUGAUGCUGGUGGCCGCCGGGGCUAGUCUGCAGGCACGCAAUGCCGAAGGCAACACCCCCAUGAUGGUGGCCUUCAAUCGGAAUGCCAACGAGAUAGCCACAUAUUUGGAAAGUAAGGAUGUGGAAGCGGUUAAGGAUGAGAAUGAGGAUGAGAAGGACAGCAGCACCAUCAUCAUUGUCUGGCCGCCGCCCUCAUCCUCCAUGUAGAGCAACCGCUAGACUGUAUCGGAGAUCCCAGUAGAUGUUAAAACAAACACAUACAGACCGUAGAAGAUUCACUUGACCCCACAUGACCCUGCUUUUAGCGUGUGGCUAAGCCAGACUAGACAGAUACCCGACCAGAUCAUUGAACACUGAUUUUAACACUGACAAUUUCUCCUUUCUCUGCCAACGAAACCAAACCAAAUCUCACAACUGUGAAACGGAUAUACUCUCAAUCUCUAUACUAUUCUAUUCUACAAUCUACAACCUACUCAAAUACAAAUACAAAUACAACAAACAUUCCAUCAACGACGCUUCGGACCUGAUCUUAACUGAUCCUCAGGUCAGGAGCGUUUCAUGCAUUUGGAGGUGCAGACCAGAAUCUAAAAGGAAAGCCGCUCGCUGACAAAGAAGACGAAUUCUCUAACGAAAAGGGUUCUCUUUGGAGAACAUCCCAUCCCAGUAAUCUAAACCCACACUUUUUUUUGCUAGCAAGUAAUCGCGGACAUUCGCGGAUAGAUCGAACAAAUAAAUCUAUUUAUUAUUAACUAAGCAAACAAAAAACAACAAAAACAAACACAACAACAAAAACAUUACUUAGCAAACAAACUAUUCAAUAAUUUAUUCAAGCAAACAAAAAACCAAUAAGAAAACCAAUACCAAAACCACAAGCAAAUGCAAAUGCAACGGUAAAGGUUAAAGGUGAUGGAACGGCAAGGAAAUCAAAGAACAGUUGAAGAGUUUUAGGCUAUUUGUUCACUUUGAAUUUAAAAUUAAAAUUAAAAAAACUUACUUUAUUCUUAAAAUUAAAUUAAAUUAAAUUAAUUGUAUAUUUAAAUUAAAUCAAAACUUUGUGAGAGAAAAUUGGCAAAUUCGAAAUUCGAAAUUUAUUUGUUUUGUCACUUAAGAAAUCGAUUAAUAAUUUUAUAUUAAUUAAUUAAUGAUUAUAUUGUGAUAUCUAAAUUUAAUUGAAACGAGGUAACGAGGCAGCUCCAAUUUAUUGGAGAGCUGAGGAGAGCAAAAUAAGAAUGCAAUGGAGGAAAAUUGAUAUUAUUAUUGUAUGCGAAGGCAUUUGCUGUACAUAAAAAUUAAUAAUCAAGUGUAUGCAAAAAAAAAUUACACAGAAAACACCCCACAUACACACACAAUAUAUACCCUCCACAUAUAUUAUAUCCAUAUAUUGAUGUGUAUUUGAAAAAAAAUAAUAUAUAUAUAUAUAUAAUAUUCUUUUGAAAAAUUCUACAUAGAAAUUAAGGAAAAAAUGGCAAAAUGUUGAAUCUCUUGUCCAAGACUCCGCAACGAAAGUUGUGGACGGAACAGAGUCAAAGCAGAAAAAGCAGCAGCAGCAUUCUAGUAGUUUGAGUCGAAAAGAGAGGAGCUCUACUCUAAAAAAGUAUCUGAGUAUCUUGUCUCACUCAAAAACAUCACACACCACACACCCACAAAGGCAGACAGACAGACGGACGGACAGACAUGCUUUCUUAUAGAGAUACUCUUUUAAGAGAAACUUAUGUAGUCCCAAUGCACACUUUUGAAUGCACAACCCAAACGCUUAGGUCUUAACCUCUCUAUCUAUCGCCCAACAGCAUUUCGGGCUAGACUUUCCCCAUCAGGCUAGAGAAACGAAAGGAAGGAUGUGACGACACGGACAGCGAAAGGACAGAGUGGAAGGGGGGGAAAGAAGAGCCUUUAAAGACAUACAGCCUUAGGCUCAAUUUGAUUUGCGCAAAAAGAAAGGGGAAUCUCCAGUUUUGAGCAAUUGAAAUUGGGUAGAAGGCUAUAUCCUAUAUGCUAUAUGCUUUAUUCUUUAGCGAAACACACACACAACUAGAACAAUGAACACAAUGAACAAGCUUCAAUAAAUUAACUUCGUAAUUUAGGACACCACACAUAUGUAUGUUUAGCCAAUAUACUAUACCAUAUCUAUGAAGUACUUUAAUAUAUAGUAUAUAAAUAUAUCUACUCAAUGCAUAUUUUAUCCAACAAAGUUAUUUAUCAAAGAUACCAAUAUAUAUUAUAUAGCCAUUAAUCAGAUCAAUAUAGAUCCACACACACACACACACCACACACAUAUACACACAACACAUAAAGAUACAUAGGCUACAUUUGCACUGUAGAUCGAUUACUACUUCCGUUUUCCUUGGUAAUUCUUCUUUUUUUUUGCAGUAGCUUCCAGUAGUCAAGACGCAUUCGGAUGUCAAUUAGGUUUCCAAAAUUAAAAGAAUUCUAUUCUCCCAUUUUUUGGCAUAGAGAACCUCUUACAUAUAACUAGAACUAAUAAUAAUAAUACAUGAAACAUGAUACAUGAUAAAGGGUAAAUCUCACCAUCAAUGGAUUGUUAGAUGAUGGCUAAAGGCACGAGCACGUUAUAGUAGGGAAAUACUUUCACGAGACCUGACAAAAUGCAUCGCUGCUAUCCCAACCCCAACGAGUGCGGGUGCAACGAGAGCAUUUUGCCCCAUGGUUCCUUGUGUAACGAGUGUAGUUUGUAGAGUUUUGGAUUUCACAUAUGUUUGUAUAGUAUGGUAGACACAGAGAAACACCCAAUAGCAAUGCCAUUACUAAUACCAAACCAAUACACAUCUCAUGCGGAACGCGGCCGACUGAGAAGCAGUGCGAUUUGGGCUCCGGUUUCGCGGAGGUAACGCAGUCCAUAUGCCCAGUAAGUCGUCCACCCGAAACUUGAACCACAAACCGCCGCUGAGUCGGCCGGUGGAUGGAAGGCAUAGAGCGCAAUUAGACGGAUUAUAUACUUAGAGUGUAAUCUAGGAGCCACGCAAGACAAGUCAAAGUCAAGUAAGGAAUAUUUAGCAAAUGACAAUCUAGAGAAUUAGCAAAAGGAUGGAAGGAGGGAAGGCAGGAAGGAAUGGAGGCAGCAGGAAAGGAUGGAAGGAGUGUAGAGACGUUUGCUAACCCAUACAGUGUACUGGGGUAUAUAAUUUUCCGUAUAGGCAUUCAUCUAAAGCAAUUAAAGAUGAAAUUGUAGUUGGAGGAGGAGGAGGAGGAGGAGUAGGACGAGGAGGAUAUAGUGUACAGGAUAUUGAAGAGGAGGCGGAGGAGGAGGAGAAGGGUGAGCGCUACCUAGACGUGUGCUAAAUACUGAAACUCUCACGAACUGAAGGCAAAUGCCAUGCGAAAGGUCGAUCGAUCUCCGAUCGGUACUUUCACAGCAGCGGUUCGAGGAGUAGAACUACUGGGUCCAAGCCAAAACUAAGAAUAUAUUUUCGUGCAUUUUGUAGAGUUGAAUACGAAACAAAAACACACACAACACGAAAACAAGCCACGAAACAACACUCAAGACACACACACGGAAUACAGAUACACACACACACACACACACACAGUAAAAGAUACAGAUACAAAAUUACACCAAAAAUGGAGUGGAAUUUAAACUGCAUGAUGUGUAUAUAACAACUAUAGAGAAGCUAUAUAUAUAUAUAGAUAUAUGUAUACAUAUAUAUUUUUUUCUAUUCAUAUAAGUGAAAUUUUUGAACAAAAGAAGAAUAAUGGAGAACACAUGAAACGCAAGUCUUAUGAAAACCUAGCAAGUAAGGCAACCGAAAAGCGAUCAAAGUAACGAUCAAAGCGAUCAAAGCGAUCAAAACGAUCGAAAUUUUGAUGUUGAUGAUGUGACAGUAACCGAAUGAGCGGGGCCUAAGCAGAUGCAGAAGCAGGAACAGAUAUACCUUAAUGAUAUGCCUAACUGUACGAGUUACAACCUACUAUAAUAUAAUGAUAAAUAUAAUAAAGCAGAAUAUAUACUUAUUAUAUAUAUUGUAUGAUA